CAAGACUUAUAUAUAAAAUAAUAAAGAUUGUCAUCGUUCCAACUACAUAGAUUUCGUGUGUCUGUUUGAAUAAUUAUCUUUGUGCACAGAGUCGAUGAGUUCGAGAUUAGUGACGCUGGAAGGACAUAAAGAAAAAACGAAAAAUGCCGGGCACUCUGACGUAUCCAAUCUACGUUGGUGUUGAUUCACACCCACCUAGAAGACGCGCCCAUACAUGGACCGCACAACAUUGUUCUGCAUCACGUGUGGCAGAAAUCAAUUCGCAAUUUGAUCGAGUGUCCCUGUCGGAAUCUGUGAGAGACGAAACGAGCAAGUUGAGGUUAAAAGUAAUCGCUGGGCAUCACUUAGCUAAGAAAGAUAUUUUUGGUGCAAGCGAUCCCUAUGUACGCGUGGACUUGAACACAAUAAAUGGCGAUCAGACAGUGGAUUCUGCACUUACAAGAACUAAGAAGAAGACAUUGAAUCCUGUCUGGGAAGAAGAGUUUAUAUUUAGGGUUAAACCAGUAGAACAUAAAUUGGUCUUACAAGUUUUUGAUGAAAAUAGAUUGACAAGGGAUGAUUUUCUUGGUAUGAUUGAGUUAACAUUGAUGAAUUUACCAAAGGAACAAGAAGGUCGCUCUAUUCCUGCUAGGAAUUAUGUACUUCGUCCACGUAGUCAGCGGUCACGAGUUAAGGGAACAUUGGAAUUGUAUCAUGCAUACAUUUCCGACUCAUCUAGUAUUGAAAAUGACAACGGAGACGUAUCUGAUUCAGGCGGAUGGGAGUUAGUACAGCCAGAGAAUAACAGUCCAGUAGAGCAAAGUGCAGAUAUUACGAUAGUCAAUAGGCCAUUACCACCGGGAUGGGAAGAAAGACAGGACGCAAAUGGCCGGACAUACUAUGUUAAUCAUAUAGCGCGUUUCACACAAUGGGAACGACCAGAACCAGAUACAACAGCGGCGAGUGGACUUGUUGAACAACGUAAUUUGGAUACAGCAGCUACUGAAUUUCAACGGCGAUUUCAUAUUAGUGCCGAUGAUGAAGGUAGACAUAGGAACUCUGUAGUAAAUCAGGAUGGUGAAGUUCUACGCGAGGACGAUGAAGAUUCGGAAGCAAGAGAUUGUGAGGGUGGGGAUCAUAGGGGAGGGGGUAUUGGGGAUACUUCUUCAGACUCCGGACGUUCUGUCGAUCAACGUGGCUACCUUAGCGAAUCUGAAGAACAGACUGAUGAUAACAUCGACAGUCCAGCUGGUUCGAGACGUUCAUCAGAGCAGAUUGACAGCCCCAAACCUACUCUUCCUGUGUCUAAUGAUGAAGGAUUGCCUCCUGGUUGGGGUAUGCAAGUAGCACCUAAUGGUAGAAUAUUUUUUAUUGAUCAUAAUGAGAGGGCAACAACCUGGAUUGAUCCCAGAACGGGAAGACCAAGCUCUAUACCUAAUAAUAUUGCACCAUCAACGACAUCGAGAAGUGAUUUAGAUCAAUUAGGACCGCUUCCAGAAGGAUGGGAAGUGCAUACAGAUGGACGAAUCUUCUUUAUAGAUCAUAAUACACGAACAACGCAAUGGGAAGAUCCGCGUAUGUCUAAUCCUCAAAUUGCUGGCCCGGCUGUACCAUAUUCAAGAGAUUACAAGCGUAAAUAUGAAUAUUUGAAAUCACAAUUGAGAAAGCCUAAUAAUGUUCCUAAUAAGUUUGAGAUAAAAGUUGGACGAAAUAAUAUUUUGGAAGAUUCAUAUCGUAUUAUAAGCUCUGUUAACAGAGUUGAUAUUCUAAAAACGAAAUUAUGGGUAGAAUUUGAAGGAGAGGUAGGCUUAGAUUAUGGUGGCCUUGCAAGAGAAUGGUUCUUCUUAUUGUCUAAGGAAAUGUUUAAUCCAUACUAUGGACUCUUUGAGUAUUCUGCAACUGAUAAUUAUACACUGCAAAUUAAUCCUUGUUCUGGUGUAUGUAAUGAGUGGAUGGUAAGUCUUAAUAUGUAGUAAAACUAUAAUUAUAAUAGCAAUAUACAUGAUAUACGUAAUAUACAUAAUAAGAUAAUUAUAUUAAAAAAUUUUAUUUUUGCUUUCUUUAUUCGACCAUUUUAUAAAAUGAUGUUGGGUAAACCAAUUGAUCUGAAGGAUAUGGAGAGUGUUGAUUCUGAAUAUUACAACUCGCUUUUAUGGAUUAAAGAGAAUGAUCCUAGUGAAUUAGAACUCACUUUCAGUCUUGACGAAGAGAGCUUUGGUCAUACAUCCCAAAGAGACUUAAAGCCAGAUGGUGCUAAUAUUCCUUUGACCGAUGAAAAUAAGGACGAAUAUAUAAGUUUAGUUAUACAAUGGCGGUUUGUAUCUCGCGUGCAGGAACAAAUGAAUGCCUUUUUGGAAGGUUUCAACGCUCUUAUACCUCCAACAUUGGUAAAAAUAUUUGAUGAACAUGAACUGGAAUUGUUAAUGUGUGGUAUACAGCAUAUUGAUGUGAAAGACUGGAAACAAAAUACUUUAUAUAAAGGAGACUAUCAUGCAAACCAUAUUGUUGUGCAAUGGUUUUGGAGAGUCGUUUUGUCAUUCAGUAAUGAAAUGCGUUCUAGAUUAUUACAGUUUGUAACUGGUACAUCACGUGUUCCAAUGAAUGGAUUUAAAGAACUUUAUGGAAGCAAUGGGCCGCAAUUAUUUACAAUUGAGAGGUGGGGUACACCAGAAAAUUAUCCAAGAGCUCAUACUUGUUUUAAUCGUAUUGACCUUCCUCCGUAUAAAAGUUAUCAACAACUCAGGGAUAAGCUAGUUAAAGCAAUUGAAGGUUCUCAAGGCUUUGCUGGAGUCGACUAGCACGAAAUACCUUUGUUCAUGAUGAUAUCUGUAAUAUAAUGUAUAUAUUACAUAUACCUUAUAGAGGUGAUAUCAUUAAUAAUACCUUGCUUGUUCUUCUGAGUUGAUAAUGACUUGAGGAUAUACGUUGCAUUUAGGAAGUAUAAUUGUAUACAGUAAAUGAAGUGACAAGUUGAUUGUUUUUCGGAAAUCUAAAUUGUUGUGUAUAUUUUGUCAAUAUUUAGUUGCAACAAAACUCAAUAGUCUCGCAUAGUCUCGAAAAUAAUUUAAAUAUUGCUCCUUGUUAAUAAUCGAAAAUGACGAAAUUAAUAUCAGAUAUGAAUGCCUAUCUUGUAUUAUAACAUUUAUUCACAGAAUUAACAUACAUUCUGAAGGAUACGGAGUUAAUGUAACAUUCCAUCCUGUUUGUACAGUUUAUUUUAUUGUAAACAGGUACGUCCCGUUAGAUAAUAAAUAAUAUUGUCAUGACAGAAAUUUUGUGGCCUUAAAUUCUGGUUAUGAAAUUUCUUAUUUUAAUAAGUCUCUCGUUCGUAAAAUCUAGAUUUGUAUAAUAAUAAAGUGCUCUAAUUAUUCGUUGAUAAACGAAUAUCAUUUGGUAUUCCUUCAUCUUCAUAUUAGAUUUGCAGAGCGAUAUAUAUAUAUAUAAUCUUAUAUUUAAUAUGUUAGUAUUUCCUAGUUUGGGAGAUGACAAGUUGUAUCCAGUGUAAUCUAAUAUGUUACGAAGUGCGUUUAAGACUCUAAGCUCAUUAAUGGAGCAAUGAACAACCAGCGCGCAAUCUAAUCUUCAUAAAUUAAAGUUAAGAUCGGAUAAAGAGAAAGAUUGUCAUUAUGCAUGUAUAAUGCAAUGUUCUCUGAGUCUGUCUUUCAAAACUGGUAACUUUAAAUUAAUUCUUAAAAUUUAUUCUUUCUUUAUAAUAUGAUUAACAAGAUAUAUCAACAAGAUUGGCUCACUUAAUUAUUUUUUUCAAAAUAUGACAAACACGCAUAUGUGCGUUCGUUUAAUGUAUAAUACAUAUAUCAUAUGAAUUUCAUGAUUUGCAAAUAGUAUGGUGAAAUAGUAAGUACUACAUGUAAUUAACGUUAGAUGGACUUAAAGAAUAUUGUCAUAAUGUAAUGCAGACGAUGCGAGAGACACGUAAAUUUUUGUAAUCAAGUUUGAAUAUGUUCUAUUGUAGCUUCUUGUAUUAUAUUCUUAUAUAAAAAAAAUCAUAAAUACGAAAAAGCAGUAUAUGAACAAUAAGAUAUCUAAUGAAUUUAAUAAUCGCGUUUGGUAUCCUAUGUAUCGCAUAAACAUUUUUACAGACACAUACAGAAUGUUAAAAUUGUAUUUAUUUGUAAAUCGACGAUAUCAAAAAGAAGAUUUAAAUGUAGGUAUUAUCAGAUAGAUAUUCUAUUUGAAAAUAACCACAUUUAUGCUUGAUCUAUAUAAAUAUCCCGUAAAACUUAAUGCCUUACGAUAAUUAUAUCACGCAUUAGAAUAUAUCUACUUAAUGUUUGCUUUAUUAUUUACUGAUAUACGUUGACUUUAUUAUCGCGUCAGGUAGCUAUUGUUUGACAGUAUACACUUUAAGUGUCUUUAUCUAUAUGUCUAUACUUUCACUACCAAUGCCUUAUUUAAUUUAGGACGGAAGGAGACUUAAUUGUUUUAAGCUAGCUCAAUGUGGUAUACAACACGUUUUAUUUACAUAUACUUACGUGCACGAACUGAAAGAAAUGCGUGACUUAAUUACGUUGUAUUCAUGUAAAUAUAAAAGAAUACGUUGUAAUAUAUUAUAUCAAAAAAAAAAUGAACGCUUCUAUAUCGCAGUUGCAACAAGGAGUACAUAAAAGAUAUGCUUACCGUGCUAUGUCUUUGCGUUAUGAUUAUUAAUUAUUAACGAAAUACGGUGGAGUUUUCAUUCACGAAAAAAAUUUUAAGUAUUAAUAUUAUAUUUAAUGAAAUUAAUAUUACAA